UGAAAGCGUUGUAAUGACGAUAGGUGCAUUACCGAGAAGGAAAACAAAUUUUGCAGAAGCUGCAUUUGCAAUUCUUUUCACUCUUUGGCCUAGUUGUGUCCUGUUAUGCUCCUUUUUUCAUUUUUGAAAUCAGCUCUGCCACAGGUUGUGAAUAUGCUAAUAAGAAAAGUCCCACAUCAAGUACAUGGAUAUCACUCUAAGAAUCGGUGAACAGCAGGAGGACCAGCGAUUCUGCAAUAUCAGGAACAGAUUGUUUAAAUCCUACGCCUACAGUACCUGAGGUUAUCACCUUUUUCACUGAAUUACGUAGUACAAUCUACUCGUAGUUGUCAAUAGUAGAAAGAAUGUCGUACGACAGGGCGAUUACCGUUUUCUCGCCCGAUGGGCAGUUGCAGCAGGUAGAGUACGCAAACGAAGCUGUGAAGCGUGGCAGUUGCACAAUCGGUGUGCGAGGUAAAGAUUGCGUGGUUCUUGCGGUAGAAAAGAAAGCAGUACCAACACUACAGGAUCCAAGAACAGUGCGAAAAAUCCUCGAUUUGGAUGGACAAAUUGCACUCGCUUUUGCAGGUGAGCUUGUUUUUGGCUUUAUUUAUUCUCACUUUUUUUGUGUGUUGGUAGCUGCUAUAUGUAGAAACCAAUCAGGAAGGCUGAUGCAUGCUCUUCGUUUUACCCUGUAUACUUAUCCACAUGUCAAUCAGACACGAUGAUCGCACCCUCUUUUUCCUCACAAUGCUCAUGUGUUCUUCUCUCAUCUAGUACUUUUAGAAAAUUUAUAAUGAGUUGAGGAUGUUCAAUUGCGAACCUCAUAAUAUCUCCGCGCUUCUUCGGAACAGGUUUGAACGCAGAUGCACGAGUUCUGGUGAAUAGAGCACGAGUGGAGUUGCAGAGUUAUCGAUUGAACUACGAAGAUGCGCCAACAGUCGAGUACGUUGCGCGGUACCUUGCAGCGACGCAACAAAAGUACUAGGGAUGCCCUGAUUUUCCCACCCUGAUCUAAGAUAGGAUUUGGUUUGAGCUUACAUUUGAUUGAAUUCUACUGGUAACGAAUGCGACCAAAGAAUUUUCAUCCGCAAAUAGGACUGAAACGUAAGUACUCAAUUUUGAUGAUGUUCUUAUUCUUUUCAUCCUGAAGGUACACACAUCGGGGUGGUGCGAGACCGUUCGGUAUUGGUACUUUAGUCGCGGGUUUCAACAGAGACGGAGAACCGGAACUCUACCAGACAGAUCCCAACGGUACACUUUUGUGAACUCAAGAUAUUUCUCAUAUACGAGAAGUUUCUGUUCAUGCAAUUUUUCUGUUCCUUCUUCAUGCAGGUUAUUGAUCUUGAACAGAUUCAAACUCCUGUAUCUUCGUCUUCCUUACGCUGUUGUAGAUAAGUCAUAUUAAUUUUUUGAGUGGAUGAACACAAGAUCAAGUGACUGCACAUUGACCGUAGGUACUUACACUGGGUGGAAGGCUGCCGCGAUCGGGCAAAAUUUCAAGACGCCACUUGAUUUUUUAGAAAAGAAGUGGGAAGAAGAUAUGAGCGAAGCUACUACGAAGAAAGUGGCGAUUAAAGCGCUUCUUGAAAUUUGCGAAGCACAUGCGCAGAAUAUGGACGUCAUGAUUGUGCGAACUAAGGGGAUGGAAUUCAUGACCGGUAAUUUAUUUUUUUGAUCUGUAAGUACUAUUCAAAUUUUGAUCUAAGUACUUAAACUUAGAAAUCAAUUUGGAGACUACUCUCUCACGUGCUGUGGAUUAGGUUCUUUGUUUCUGUCAGCAAAGUCAAAUGAAAUUUAUUACUUCUCCUGUCGUAAAAAGCUGCUUUUCACAUAUUCAGACGCGGAGCUGGAACCUUUGUUGAAGGAGCUUGACGAUACGGAAGAGCGACGAAGAAAGCUUUUGGCCGACAACUAACCUCCUAGCAGUCCCAGUCCCCUAUCAUCCUCGGAAAUGUAUAUUGUCAGUCUAGUCCCACUAAAAGGUAAAAGUGCUGUCCUCGUUGCUGUGGUGCUUUCCGCAUGCGCUUUGGUAGUUAGCAGGCAUCGCAUUUACUGUGGAGGUUUUCGUCGCGAAAAGAAAGCUAGAGACGGCGCUGGAGUACUCUCCGUAUGUUCCAGUGUGGGAGACGUAGCCUAACUUACACUACAUCCAUCUUCCCAAGAAUUCCGUAUCACCCCAAUCACCUGACAAUCCACCUCGUCAUAAUGAUCCUGGACAACAGUUUUUUAAAAAGUAGGACUCAUUCAUGGACGCGCACUUCCCAGUGUAUACUUUGUAAGAAAAUGGUAUUCAUCAUAAAGCAUUACAUCACGUGCCAAACAGCACCCUGUUAGGUUUGUCGAAUGCACCAUCUGUACUGCGUACGACACAGAGCGACAACGAAGGAGAGCUCGUAAAGCAAGAACAUUGUGUAACUAGGUUUAGUCACGACGAUCUAUUGAAGAUGGAUACGUCUCGUCAAUGAAGGAGGCAGAGGUAAUACAAGACGG